AUGCCACUAAACUCAACAAUCGCGUAUCUUCGUGAUGUCACUGAUGAAAUUCGUUUUAUCUUUGGUCUAUUCAACUUAGUUGUCGGUCUCAUUAGUAAUUUAUCUUUGAUCAUCAUUUUAACAAAUCUUAAAAUCUUUCGUAAAACUCCUUCGAGUUUUUAUCUAGUCGCUGAAUCCUACUCAAACAUUGGAUUAUUGAUCUUUGUUUGUUCGUCAUAUAUUUCAGCUAAUAUCUUCCGCGUUGAUCCAACUAUCGUUUCACUGCAAUGGUGUAAGUUUCGUUAUGGUUUCAAUCAAGUAUUUGGUUUGUGUUCAUUGUUCAUAAUAUGUUUCACAACAAUCGAUCAGUAUUUCUCCACCAAUCAUCGUUAUGCCAUUCGUCAACUGAGCACUAUGAAAUGUGCAUAUUUAUUUCUCAUCAUAGCCCUACUUCUUUCGUCAUCUCAUGGAAUUUUGUUCUAUAUCUAUGCUUUGAUUGAUCAAUCCUCAUUUGGCUGUUCAAUCUAUGAUGCAAUGAUGAAGAAGUACUUGUCUUAUUUCUACUUUCCCGUGUUGAGUAAUGCGUUGCCAAUUCUCAUCACAAUGACAUUUAGUUUGUUAUCUUAUCGGAAUGUUCGUCGAAUAGUUCGAAGACAAAUUCCGAUUCGACGACGACGAUUAGAUCAACAAUUGACAUCCAUGAUCCUGAUUCGAGUUGUAUCAAUGAUUUUCUUUGGUUUGCCUUAUAUCAUCACUUCGUUAUAUCGAUUGAAUAUUCCUGUUGGCGAUAAUACUCUGACAACAGCUGUUGCAGCGCUUCUCACAGCAUUAGGUUAUUCAUUGCUAUACGCAAACUUCUCCAUCAACUUUUAUUUGUUCUUAAUAGUUUCAGUUCGAUUUCGCUGUCAAGUGAAACAUUUUAUUCGAAAAGUAUCGCAUGAUUUUUACCAUGUAUUACGCGCGCCAAGUCACAUCGAAUUCAGAAAUAAUCAAGUUGUGCCACAUGCACUUGUAAGAAACACUCUAACUGGUGAACUCACAAACGAAAAAACGUUCCAAUAACGAAUACUUCGGUGUAAUUUUUUUAUGUAAUUCAAAUGAAGUCUCAUGAACACAAGAGAAUCUUUUUAUAUUUUGAAAUGCUUCUAUUGAUUAUGGAGUUAAAGAAUGAAGAAUAAUUUUCAAAAAAUGCCCUACACUUAUAUCACAAUUCAAAGUGACGAAGAAAUCUUUAUCAUGCUCUUAGAAAUAAAAUUACCGCUAAAUAUUCAAUAUCUUUAUAUUAAGAGCUUCGCAAGGUUUGGAUUUAUUUCCUCAUUUGGCAAUUCUAAUUCGCCUGAAGCUUCCCUGUAGUGAUUUUGACAAUUAAAUAGAAAACUAUAGAAAAAAGUUAAGCUCAUAUUGUUAUACAUUUUCUUAUCUAAAAUCUAUUGAAAAGAUGCGAACAAAUCUUUAGUUUUCUUUUGUUUAUUCUUCAUUUCGAUAAUUGUGAACUGGAUGGACGUGCUGCGAUGGCCGAGUGGUUAAGGCGUCUGACUAGAAUCAUGAAAAUGACUGUUAGUGAUCAGAUGGGUUC